AUGCAGAUAUUGAACGGGAAAAAUAAGCUCUCUAAUUUCGGUGAUAAAAAUGGCAGCCUAGUACGAACGUCAACCAUCAAGCGAGGAUUCUCUCCUCACGAAGGUUCAGUUAGCCAGCCAAUACGUAUGACACUACUUCAUGACUUGGAUUCCAUGGUUGAUGGAUGGUCAGAUUCCGAGAAAGUAUCGGGCAGGCGGUUAGUAAAGUUUACCUUUAUUUAUACGUCAAGCAAUGAGAUACAGAUAGACUUCGAGGCUGUUCCAAAAGAAAAAUACGUGCCCGGAGAGCCCAUUAUAUCAUGCAUCUUCUGGGAGGAACGCGGCCAAUACAUUGUAACAUCAGUUGAUAUCAUCUUACUUCUCGAGUACAUCGUCAAAGAUGUUUUUGGCGUUAAGGAGAAAAACAGGAUAAGAAGAAAUUUGCAGUCGCUCAAACCACAAACUGUCUCACGGACCAACCGUCUGAUUCAGCGAUUUUUUAACUUACUCAUGGGAAUGGAAAACCCGAGACCUCGGAACAUAGAGAAAGAUCUAAAAGUUUUCAAAUGGGCAGACCUUUUCACAGCAUUAACAAAGGUAAUGUCAAAGUAUUCCCGCGACUCAAGUGACCCCGUGGAUACUAUGGAAACUUCGACGACACACCGAACCACCGGUUCUGCUCCCUCAUAUCCGAUGAAAGACUAUCAAUUAGACCUAACAAAUGUGCCGCAGAGGGAGACUUCUGACACAAGUUCUUCAAGAAAUCGUACAAAUGUACAGAUCUCGAGCACUGUGCCCAAGUCGAGUAUUAACUUGAAUGAUAUUAAUAAGAAGUCAAACCUAAAUGACGGUGAUGAGCCAGGCCUGUACACAGAUACGAGCUCUCCAUCUGAAUCAGAUACAUUUAAUGGUGAUGACAAGUCUAAAUCAGUGGAGUCACUUCAGGCGUACAAUUCUAGUGUUCCAUCGUUCACCAUGACACCAUAUCACAAUUCCUCCACCAGUAUAACGUCGAAUGCUCAAUCGAGUGAUAACAGUCGAAGCGAUUCUCAAGAGUCCGAAAUAUCACCUUCGGGCCAAUCUAAGAAGAAGAAAAGAAAGAUGAAGGACAUAAAAGAACAAAAAGAGAGCUAUCAACACAUAUAUCCAAGAUCAAAGCAAUCGUAUACUUGGAACACCCCCAGCCAAGAAUGA